AUGGGGGAUCUCUGCCUGCGUUUCUCCGCAGGCAAAGAAUCCACUACCCUGCUGCGCUUCUACUCCUGGUCUGCCUGCAACCAUAAUGCAGAGCGCGCAAAACAAAGCCCGCCUCAGGCGGCAAAACGCUCAGGAUCGGCCCUGGGCUUGGAGGACCCCUGUGUCCCCUGUGAAGACAAACAUGAUGAAGGAGCUGUAGAAAUAGACAAUGAAAUGACCAGUUUUAUGAACAAGGUGCUCACUGACUGCUGGUCACAAAUUAUACAGUUUCUUCAUUUGUUCAUUAAAAAUGAGUGUGAGAAGAUGCUGCACAGUAUCGUCCCUCCACUCUCGUCCUUAAUGAUACACCACGUCAACCUUGGCAAGAAGGCCCUGAAAAUAAAUGGAGUGACAAUGGAUUGGACGAAGGACAGAAGCCGCAUCUCAGUCGAUGUCAAGUUUGAUCAUUCCUGUCCAGUCCCUUAUAUUGCACAUACAAACCAACUCAUCUGCAUUGCCAAUAAUCCUGUUCCUGUUUAUUGCAGAUUUCAUGGAGAUGUCCAGAUAAGAGCUUCACUUGCAAAGAAAUUGCUCAGAUUUGGAACAAAGGAAUUACAGCUGAAGGGAAGAAUCCGAAUCUUUUUAGAACCAAUCCUGGACAGACCACCAUUUUUUGGCGUAGUUUCCAUUUACUUCCCUGAAGAACCGGAGCUUCAAAUAAAAUUUACGGGCCUUUCGAAACUGGCCGAACCAUCUGUAAUAAAAAAUUUCGUACACAAGAAGCUCAUAGAGCUAAUAGGAACGUUUGUGGUUAAGCCAUUCGUCACGUGUAUCCCAGUGGACCGCAAUUUCAAAGUUGAAGAACUGAACUACGUGAGGACAAUGAACAUAUUCCGGAUAUACAUAUUGGAAGCUGAGGGUUUGAGCUCAGAGGACUUCAUGCCAAGAACCCUUAAUUCUUACGUUGCCAUAAGCAGUGCCAAGCAAAGAGCAAGAACACGUGUGGCUGCCAACAGCCUCAAUCCAAGAUGGCACCAGGCAUUUGAGAUGGCAUUUAAUGACGUCCCAGAGCAAGAGAUUGUUUUCCAACUCUUUCACAACAGAUUGUUCAAGGACAAGUUGUUGGGCAGCUGCAGAAUCAGCGUGGAAGAGGCCAUGAAACAUGCAAACCUUGAUAUAUGGCUCCCAUUAGAUAACGUGGCCUCUGGAAGGCUUCACAUUAGGAGUCAGCGGCUCAACCUUGUUUCCGACCCUGCUGAGCUUAGGAAGGUGCUGCUGGUGAACCAGAUGUCUCAGCCUGUACAGAUGGAAGAAUUUUGCUCAGCGCUCCUCAAUGUGCAUGUAGAGAGAGCCAAGAUAACAAUUGGAAACAAGAUUCCAACCACCAUUACGGAAAUCAACGUCCGGAACAUGACGAAAUUGACCGCGUACUCUUGCAACACCACUGAUCCAGUAUGGAACCAGUCUUUCAGCUUCCUAAUUAAGGACCCUCAUAAGGAGAACGUGCAGUUUGUGGUAAAAGACCGAUAUGAUGGAUCCCUGGGCUCUGUAUCUAUUCCCAUCUCUAGGCUCCUGGAGGCAAAAAAUCUCACUAUCACAGACUGGUUUCAGCUCAGAAAGAGUGCUUUACGGGUUAGACUUGAGUUGAGGAUUUUUGUUACUCCUUUACCCGUCGCAAGUUCUGAGACCAAGGAAUUCAACGUUUCCAGCUCUCAGCAGCCUAAACAUAAAGCUGUGAAUAAGCCAAAGGCUGACCCCAGGAUUAAUAUGAAGAGACGACCCCCAUUAAGGAAUAAGAGGAAAAAGCUGCACAAGCCAAAGCGACGGCCCAAAGCAGCAACUGGUGGAGAGACUACCGGAGACACCGAACAACCGGAAAUAAGGAGAGAGACAGAUGUACCUACAACUUCCAGAAAUACUGAAGGAGCUGGGACACAAGAGACGCAAGCAAUGAAGACAAUAAAGCAGAAAUUCAUGGAAGUUAAAGGGAAAUUCCUACGCGCAAUUAGAAUGGUCUGCGACAGAUGAAUUCCACUGUGCCAUCUAACGUCCAAGCGACUCUUGUACAAUUUUCAAAAACGCCAGAUAUGAGAUUAUAACUUCAUACCUCCCAGUUGCACCUAUUACGUCAAUACAGCCCCUGUGUGGGAGGGUUUUUGGGUGGAUCAGGGGCGUGUAUUGACAACUGGGCAAUGCCUAAAUUGUCCUGAUUUUGGAGAGGAAAUGUGCAACUUUUACAUCUUUCAAUUUUAUUUUGAAUACACUGUUUUAUGUUUUAGUGAUGAUUGAAUAUAAAAUAAAAUAAUAUAAAUAUAAUGAAUAAAAUGUCUUUUCUUUCUAGAAAAAACAACUGUUCAUUUUGGUUACGUUUUUGUUGGUAUGGUGUAGCGAGUGAUAUUCUGACACAAUCUGCAGUUGGUCUUCAUUUUUUAUUAUUAAGCAUUUUUUUUUUCAGCAC